UUGAACAGGCGUUGCAGUUGCUUUCCAUCAUCUGACAACUUUUUUUUUGUUGCUCGACAUUUCAAGACUUGUAACAAAGAUUCCACAGUGGCACGCUGUUAAACCCGGCAGUUGAAAUCCUUCCGACAACAUCUUCUCAACGCUUUGAAAGAAAAAAAAAAUCAAGAAUGCACCGCCAACGCUCGCCGUCACAACAACGGGUUCAGCACACGCGCACGAUAAGCCAACCCCAGCCGCGGCACGUCCACCAUCGCCGAUAUAAUCCCCUCCAGCAGCGUCCAGCUCAUCAUCCAGUGGUUUGGAUUCAUCUCAACGCGAUGCAGAUCUCAGCGGUGGUGCUGUUGGUGGCGACCCUCUUCGUGGUCGGUUCCCACCAGACUCCGGACGGUGGUUGCGGAUGUGGUUCGCGGAACGUUCAGGAGGUAGCUCGGGUGAAGCGCGAGGAGCCCGAACUUCGUCCGGGAAACUGUAACUGUGCGCGGUGUGACGCUGGGAAGCCUUGCGGAUGUGGGUGCGGCAAUGGAGGAGGCAAGAUCUUUGAGGUGCUGGUUCAGGAACGAGUUAAGCGACAGGAUGCGACGCCGGAACCCGUUGUGGUGGUGGAUCCAACGGCUGCACCGCCCGUUACCGAGCGACCUGGCAGAGGCGGUGGUAGAGGAGGUGGUAGGGGAGGCGGUAGGGGAAGUGGUAGAGGAGGUGGCCGAGGAAGACCGAUUGCGGAGGCGGAAGAUGAUAGCGAGAUUGUGGCGCAACCGGGCUUCGUCCGACCGGUGGGGCGACCACGGCCGAGACCGAGACCAAGGCGACCAAACCCCUUCUUCUGAGCUUUCGAAGACGCAUUCCACGUUUAUCCGUCGCAAAGCAAACGCACUUUUGUAAAGGUUUCGAACAAAAUACUGUUCUCUAUUGCAAAAAGAAAUAAAGACCUCUUAUAAACACAAUC